AUGGAAGCAAGCUCUUCAACAAGUUUCAGCGUGGGGAGGAGAGCACCAAUGAGGUGCUACUGUAAUAAAAAACAUGUCCUAGUUGUGUCAUGGACAUCAGACAAUCCUGGUAGAAGAUUCUACGGUUGUCCAAACUACUGGGUGAAGCGUAAGUGUAAGUUCUUCCAAUGGCGUGAUGAUGAGAUAUGUGCUUGUGGUAAGGUGCUUAUCCCACAGCAAAGGCAGAGGAUCAUCACACUUGAGGCUGAGGUUGCAAGCUACAAGCAGAGGGAGAAGUUUUUAAUUGUGGUUGUGGCGUUGUUAGUGGUGGUGUGUGUAGUUCUGUGUUUGGUUAGGUAA